AUGUCAUCGGCGCCGGCGCCUUUGCCCGUUUCAGCUCCGUCAAAUACGGCGGAUACCGCGCCUGUCAAUGCACAGACUCCCAAGUCGAAUUACAAGGGUUUUGUUGCCGGUGUCUUUUCGGGCAUCGCGAAGUUGAGUGUUGGUCAUCCAUUCGAUACUGUCAAGGUCCGACUACAAACGAGUAAAGAUGCCCAGUUCCGUGGCCCGUUGGAUUGUACGCUGCAGACGGUGCGGAAGGAAGGUGUGAAGGGGUUGUAUAAGGGUGCUACGCCGCCGCUGGUCGGUUGGAUGGUCAUGGAUUCUGUCAUGUUGGGUUCUUUGACCCUGUACCGCCGAUUACUUCUCGAAAACGUUUUCUCUAAGCCUCAUAUCCGCCCUUAUCUCCCUUUCUCGAGCUUCCAGCCCGACCUUGCUACACUCCCGAGUUUCGGACAUGGCAUUGCUGGUAUUAUGGCCGGCACGACGGUCAGCUUUAUUGCUGCCCCUGUUGAACAUAUCAAGGCUAGACUGCAAGUCCAGUACGCCGCCGACAAGUCAAAGCGCAUGUAUAGCGGGCCGAUCGACUGUCUCCGCAAGAUGCUUCGCACACAUGGCAUAAGCGGCGUCUACCGCGGCCUCUGGGCAACAAUCCUCUUCCGCGGCUUCUUCUUCUUCUGGUGGGGAUCUUACGACGUCCUAACCCGCUACUUCAAACAAUCAACCUCAAUGUCCGCGCCCGCAAUCAAUUUCUGGGCUGGCGGUAUCUCCGCUCAGAUCUUCUGGCUCACUUCCUACCCGUCUGACGUCGUUAAGCAGCGCCUCAUGGUUGACCCUAUGGGUGGGGCGCUGAAUGACGGCGAACGCCGCUUCCGCGGAUGGAAGGACGCUGCUAGGGCUGUGUGGCGUGAGCGUGGGCUGAAGGGGUACUGGCGGGGCUUUGUGCCGUGCUUCCUUAGGGCGUUCCCGGCGAAUGCGAUGGCUUUGGUUGCAUUUGAGGGUGUAAUGCGUACCUUGCCCUAA